UUUACAUGAGGAUUCAGAUGUCUCAAGCAGAAUUCGUGCCAUUUUCGACGUUUAUUGAUACAACAUUUUGGGCGGAAUUGAAUCGAAGAAAGCUGCACGAAUGGCGUUUGGAUGAGACACCUAAGGAGAUAUUCGGAUCUUUCUCAUUGUUCGAAUCUGUCGGUGAGAGUUGCUGGCUGUCACUUGGGCAUGAAAGUUUUCUACAAGGCCAGACUACUGGUUACCAUGGACGGUUGCUUCUAUUUAACACUAUGGAGAGUUUCAAAGGGUUGGAUCGGAAGGAGUUGCUAAGAUCAGAAGCGCAGAAGAUUUGGGAUAUCAUUGAGUCAGGAGAAUGGCUUGAUUAUCCCGAUCGACUGACAUCAUUCAUUUUCACUGCGUAUGCUGACCUGAAGAAGUAUCAGUAUUAUUAUUGGAACUGUUUCCCGACGCUUUGCUAUCCGUUUGAUAUGACGCAGAAAGUCGUUCCCGUAGCUGUAGAUGAGAGACUUAUGCAGUAUUUCGAUGGAACGAAAGCACCAGUUUUCAUGUGGAAACCAAAUGGAGAUUGCUUACCAAUCAGUAAAUUGUCUGAGAUAAUAGGUUCGGAGGAGGUGAAGGUAGUUUUUGCUGACCCAUCGCCGGUGAGAGGCCGUGCUGGAUGGCCACUACGAAAUUUGAUAGCGGCUAUCGCGCGCUGCAAACCAUCUUGGAAGCGAUGCUCGUUUAUAUCUUUGCGAUCGGGAAAUCAACUAGAAGAAUUUGAUAUCUCUUGGACAGCUGGAGAGGCGACAACUUUGCCCCCUACUGUCGGUUGGGAGAGAACACAUGACGGGAAAAUGACGCCUCAAUUUGCUGACAUGAAGAAGCAGUUCGAUCCUAAGAAGUUGAUGGAUCAAGCUGUAGGUUUGAACCUUUCUCUCAUCAAGUGGAGACUUGUACCAGAAAUGCGAUUGGAACGUUAUUCAUCGUUGAGGGUACUCAUAUUCGGAGCUGGUACGCUAGGUUGUAACAUCGCUAGAUGUCUGAUGGGAUGGGGCGUCAAGAAGAUCACAUUUGUAGAUAACUCGUCAGUGAGCUACAGUAAUCCAGUGAGGCAGUCGCUAUCAGAUUUUGAUGAUGCUCGAGAAUCGCGUGGUAAAGCUGAGACAGCGGCGGCUGCUUUGCAACGUAUCUAUCCCAGUAUGGACUCACAGGCGGUGCGAUUUACGGUACCUAUGCCCGGACAUACGGUAUCGUCUAGUGAAGAAGCUUCCUUAGAAAGAGAUGUAGCAUUGGUAGAUGACCUUGUUGCAAAUCACGACGUAGUCUUUUUGGCGCUGGACAGCAGAGAGGCUAGAUGGUUGCCAACAGUUCUGGCUACCAUACAUGGGAAGAUGGCGUUCAGCGUGGCAUUAGGAUUCGACAAUUACGUUGUUAUACGCCAUGGUGUUCGAAAUGCUGCUAUGGAUCAGCCAUCCACUUCUGCUGCCGUAUCGGUGAAAGAAGGUACCGUAAUACCGUACUCGGAUCUUGCUUGUUAUUUCUGCAGUGAUGUGACGGCACCAGGGAACUCAACAGCCGACAGAACUUUGGAUCAGCAAUGCACAGUAAGUCGACCAGGCUUGUCGAUGAUAGCAUCAGGAACAGCAGUGGAACUGCUCUCUUCUGUUCUGCAGCAUCCGGAUCCAUUGACUGCUCCAGCUAACAUAGGAGAACUGGAUGACUCGUCGUCUUUAUUGGGUGCCACACCACAUCAAAUUCGAGGAUUUUUGUCACGAUUCAGUCAAAUGACUCCUUGCGUUAGACGUUUUGAGAAAUGUGUAGCUUGUGGAGACAUCGUUACUGGAGAGUAUCUCGCUAGAAAAGCGGAGUUUGUCAAGGAGGUAAUGAAUAGCCCCUCAUAUUUGGAGAAACUAACUGGUUUGGAUCAACUGCAAGCAUCGAUUAACGACGUUCAUAUCGAGUUCAGUGAUGAUAGUGAUUCAGUAAUGUCGCUUUAAUUUUACCUGCCCUUGCAAUGAUGCUUGAACCACGACGAUCUUUUGUUAAUAAUUCUGUGAUGAGACUUUCACGGGUCUAUUAGGCACUGGAAUGCUUCUUCGUAUAUUGUUACUCGACAUAUUUCUUCGAUUUUUUCUUUUACCCUCCGUUAUGCAAUAACCUCGCACCGUUAAUGAAGCAGUUCACUUGCCAUAUCAACUUUCACUAAGCUUAAUACCUGAUACUUAGUCUAAUGUAAAGGACGGGACUUUUGAACUAUGUCUUUUGCGUGUUAUAUUUUACUUUGCUAUUCUCAUUUCGCAAUAUCAGUUAAUAAAUUUUUG